AUGUCUACGCUUGAGCAAUUGCGGAAAUAUACUACGAUAGUAUGUGACACGGGCGACUUCGAAACGAUCAGCCAGUACUCGCCGCAAGAUGGCACGACCAAUCCCUCGCAUAUCCUGAACGCGGUCAAGCUGCAAAAGUACACCCACACGAUACCCGCCGCAGCGGCCUACGGCAUCUCCCAAGCACCAGACCUCGAAGGCCGGGUCCAGCACGCCGCGCUGCACCUGAUGGUGUCCUUUGGCGCGGAGAUCCUCCAGCGCCUCCCGGGCCGCGUGUCCACCGAGGUCGACGCGGCGUACUCGUUCGACCGCGACAGGACCGUCGCCGCCGCGCGGGACGUGGUCCGCCUGUACGAGACACGCGGCGUCGGCCGGGAGCGGGUGCUGAUCAAGAUCGCGUCCACGUGGGAAGGGCUGCAGGCGUGCCGGGUGCUCGAGCGCGAGGGCAUCCACUGCAACAUGACGGUGCUGUUCUCGAUGGUCCAGGCGAAGCUCGCCGCCGAGGCCGGGGCGUCGGUGAUCUCGCCCUUCGUGGGGCGCACCAUGGACUGGUUCCAGAAGUAUUUCCCGGGCAAAGACUACACCGGGCCCAAAGACCCGGGCGUCCAGCUGGUGUCGGACAUCUUCCGGUACUACAAGGCGUCGGGAGUCAAGACCGAGAUCAUGGCAGCCAGUCUGCGCAGUAUUGACGAGUGCGUCCAUCUCGCGGGCGUCGAUCUCAUGACCAUCCACGUCGCGGUGCUCGAGGAGCUGAAGAAUGCAGACUACGCGGUCAAACCUCGUCUACUUGCCAAGAAUAAUCAUCUUGAUCCUCACAAGGCGUCUUCUGGAUAUCUGCAAGACGAAGCGAGGUUCAGACUCGACCUCUUCAUGGAUGUGAUGGCGACGGAAAAGAUCAAUGAAAGCCUACGCAUCUUCUUCCGUGACGGCGAGGAGCUGAAGAAGCUGCUCCGCGACGCGAUUAUCUCGCAGACGAGCAGUCAGGCAAACGGCCACCAUGCCAGCGAUUGA